AUGUCAAGACGCGCCCUCCGCAUUCUCACCUACAUCACCGUCCCAACCCUCGCAACAAGCUAUGGCGUCCACCUCGGUCUAAACCACUUGGAAGACAAAUAUCCCGCUCUCCCACCAGCUGCCGCUGGUAGUGCCGCCCUUAGCACGCCACAAAAGCCAAGCCAGCGCUGCGCAUAUACAGACAUUUAUGCGACGCGCAUCCGCCUCGAAGCACUCGAAGCACUCAUCCCCGAAUCCGCGCUCGUGACAGAUAUCAAUCAAAAGAUCCUACUUGAAGAAGCCUGGGCCCGAGCUGUACUCUCUUCAAAGCCCCUCCGCAUUGAAUCUUCUAUAAUUGGACUUCUCACGUCCAGAACAUCUGCGCCCGGCGACGUGGGGGAGAAUGGGUUUAGUGCAGACCCGGAGACGGGGGCCCCACGCUCUCUUCUGCAUGGGUUAUUUACUGUUGAGAGGGAACCGGCGCAGCCUGGAGGGAGUAACGGAUUGCUAGUUUUUUGGGGUAUGGCUGAUGGGCCGCGACUUUUCUUUGAAAGGAUUGCUCGGUGGGGGUAUCCGUGGCGGCUUAUGUCUGGCGGACGGCAUGAGAUGAGUGUUUCGGAGCCGUUUGAGAUUAAGGGCCAGGGGAGGUUUGUUGAGGUGAGAUUUUCUGCUGCGCAUGAUUAUGAGGUUGUCCCUGCAGAAGGUGAAAGACAGAAGAUAUUGCCUGAGUGGACGAAUCGAUUGCAUAGGGGGUAUGCCCGUGUCAUAUUGGAUGCUGCGGCGAGGGAGGUGGAAGGUGGGUUGAAGAGAGUAUAA